AUGGCACCAGAAAAUAACUGGCUAUCAUUCUCCUUGUCUUCAAUGGAAAUGCUUCAAUCUACAAUGAAUGCUUCGUCCUCUGUGGAUUCUCACAAUUAUUAUUCAUUUGCCGAUAAUUUCUAUGCCAAUGGGUGGGCUAACCCAAAACCUCAAGUCAUGUACACAGAAGCUGAAAAUCAUCAAGAAAAAGAGAACAACUUGAUUUUCACAGGCUAUAUGGACUCAGAAUUGCACCAAAACAUGCAGCCACCGCCUAAACUGGAGGAUUUCUUUGGCGGCGAGUCGACGGAGACUCAAGACUCUUCUUCCCUAACUCACAUCUACGACCACCACCAGGCCAACGGCGGACGCGUGGCCUACUUCAACAGAAGUGAGCAGCAAGAUCCCAAGACGAUUACUGGGUUUCAAGCCUUUUCUGCAAACUCGGGCUCCGAGGUGGAUGACUCGGCGUUUGUGGGCCACACUCAGUCACCCGUUGAGUCAGGAAGCGAGUUGGUGGCUUACCCUCAGGCUGCUAUUACUGGUUCUAAUACUACUGUUCAUGCUUUGUCCCUUGGCGUGAAUAACAAUGUUCAGUGCACCGAGAAUAACAACGUUAAGGCUAUUGCUUCUGUUCAAUCCUCCGAAGGUUGUAAGAAAAUUGCUGACACUUUUGGUCAGAGAACUUCCAUCUACAGAGGCGUCACCAGACACAGAUGGACAGGAAGAUAUGAAGCGCAUCUAUGGGAUAACAGUUGCAGAAGGGAGGGACAAGCAAGAAAAGGGCGUCAAGGUGGAUAUGAUAAGGAAGAAAAGGCUGCACGGGCUUAUGAUUUGGCAGCUCUUAAGUACUGGGGUCCGACCGCCACCACCAACUUUCCGAUCUCGAAUUAUACCAAAGAACUCGAGGAGAUGAAGCAUGCGACCAAACAAGAAUUCAUUGCGUCGCUGAGAAGGAAGAGUAGUGGUUUCUCAAGGGGCGCAUCGAUUUAUAGGGGUGUUACAAGGCAUCAUCAACAAGGCCGAUGGCAAGCAAGGAUUGGUCGUGUUGCUGGGAAUAAAGAUCUGUACCUCGGAACAUUUGCUACUGAGGAGGAAGCGGCGGAGGCAUACGACAUUGCUGCAAUAAAGUUUCGGGGAUUGAAUGCAGUGACAAAUUUCGAGAUGAGUCGAUAUGACGUUGAAGCCAUUGCUAAUAGUUCUCUUCCUAUCGGCGGAACCGCAAAGCGCUUGAAACUCUCUCUCGAAGCUGAAGAGAAACCACCAUUGAGCCUCCCGUGCAGCAGCAACAACAUUAAUUUUGCAGCCGUUCAACCAGUGUCAGUGUCGAAUAUCCCGUAUGGCCUGCCUUAUGAUACAACAGCCCCGUUCUAUCAUCAUAGUCUCUUCCAGCACCUUCAGUCGAGCAAUACAGGAGCCUCAGCCGAUACUUCCAUGGUAACUCCAAUGCCUUUGAUGCCAUCACCACCAGCCGAGUUUUUCAUCUGGCCUCACCAGUCGUAUUAA